AUAAAUAAAUCGCAGUAAAUGCAAUUUAAGAGUCACUUCGUUAUUUAUUGGUUGUUAGAAAUGUACCACUCUUUGACUGCUAUUCCGAGUUGUUCACAACACUGUCAUUGUGUACUGCAAAACAAAACAACAACAGCCGGUGUUGUGCAACAGUAGGCAAAUAACAAGUGCAAAGUGAGGAGAUGAUCAGAUCCAGUCAAAUUUUAAAAAAGGCCUUGGCACGGUCUUUUGCUACGAAAACAUUUGUGCCAGAAGUUCGUAUAGUUGAAGUGGGACCCCGAGAUGGUUUGCAAAACGAACCUAAAAUAUUGCCCUCCGAGGUCAAAAUAUCUCUUAUCGAUCAACUUUCUGAAACUGGAUUAAAAACGAUCGAGGCAACAAGUUUUGUUAGUCCGAAGUGGGUGCCACAAAUGGGUGACAACGCUGAAGUAUUGCAGGGGAUACGUAAAGUGGAAGGAAUUUCUUAUCCGGUACUUACUCCCAACUUGAAGGGCUUUGAAGGCGCCCUUAAGGCUGGAGCACAGGAAGUUGCUGUUUUUGGAGCUGCCUCUGACGCUUUCUCACAAAAAAAUGUUAAUUGCACUGCUGCCGAGAGUAUCGAACGCUUUCGACCAGUAUUGGAAGCUGCAAAAAAGCAUAACAUCAAAGUGCGCGGUUAUGUUUCAACGGUAGUUGGUUGUCCAUACCAGGGUCCAAUUAAACCGAGUGAUGUUGUAAAGGUUGCUGGCGCCCUUUAUGAUAUGGGUUGCUAUGAAAUCUCAUUGGGAGACACAAUUGGUGUUGGUACUCCUGGAACUAUGCGCAAAAUGCUUGAUGAAGUCGUCCGAGCUGUACCUCCUGAAAAAUUGGCUGUGCAUUGCCACGACACAUAUGGCCAAGCACUUGCAAAUAUAUUGACAUCCUUAGAUUAUGGUAUAUCUGUGGUAGAUUCCUCGGUGUCAGGUUUGGGCGGUUGUCCUUAUGCUCGUGGUGCCUCCGGCAAUGCUGCAACUGAGGACGUGGUCUAUAUGCUGCACGGAAUGGGCGUAACUACUGGAAUUGACUUAGAGAAACUAAUUUAUGUUGGCCGCUUUAUUUGUCAAAAACUGGGUCGAGUGUCAGAAUCCAAAGUCAAUAGAGCUUGGAAGGGUUCCCGCGAGUGAAAACGUCCACAAACUUCAAGCCAAAUGUGUGAUUAAACUGUAAACGAUGCAUUUAUUCAUUAAUAAUAAGACAAAACAGA